GAGCUCGAAGGGCAAGGAAGCAGGGGUAGCUCGCUCAAGAUUUCCCGGUCACUUUGAAAUGAGCUGUGGGAGCCUGUUCUCGCGUCAAAUGCCUUUCCUCCAACUCCUCCAAGGAGCCAUGCAAGCAGAGGAAGAAAUGGUGGGAAAGGAAGCCCAGCUUCAUUUACAACAGUAUCAGCAACGGAGCUUGUCCACCUCCUACCCACAGGAAACCAACUUCCAGCUCCACCAGAUGCGGACCCAAAGCUUGAAGCAACAGCGGACGACCGAGAUGGACUCAUCCCCCGCGGCGGAGCAACUGGAGAGUUGCAUCACUCACUUAUCUGAAUCGGAGACGAGAACCGUGGUGCACGAGCUCCCAACGAUGGCGGCCACGACGGGUCUCAUCGUGAGAUCCGCCGCGGCAACCUGCUCCGGCGAAAGGAAGAAGAGGAUGCGCCGGCGGCCGGCGUCGGCGUCGAAGAGCGCGGAAAAGGAGGAAAGUCAAAGGAUGACUCACAUAGCAGUCGAGCGCAACCGCCGGCGGGUCAUGAACUAUCACCUUGCUACCCUCCGCUCCCUGAUGCCCCAUUCCUUCGUCCAACGCGGCGACCAGGCAUCCAUCGUCGGUGGAGCCAUCGAGUUCGUAAAGGAGCUCGAGCAGCACCUCAUCUCGCUCCGGGCACAGAAGCGGCUCCAAGCAUCGGUGUCCGUUUCAUCGAGGUCCGACGACAACGACAAGUGCAGUGCGCCUGCUCUGCACGACGGUUUCUUCACCUCGUCACAGUACAUGGGUUACUCGCAGUCUCAGGAGGAGGAUGCGACAGCGGUGGACGUGGAAGCGACGUUAGUGCAAGGGCACGUGAACCUUAAGGUGGCCGCGCAGCGGCGCCGGGGGCAGCUGGUGCGAGCCAUGGCUGCCAUAGAGGAGCUCCGGCUCUCCAUCCUGCACCUCAACAUCACCACCCUCGAACCCCCUUCCAUUCUUUACUCCAUCAACCUCAAGAUGGAGGAAGAGUGCAAACUGGGGACAGCGGAUGAGGUUGCGACGGCGGUGCACCAGAUCUUUAGCUACAUCAAUACCAGUUAAUGACAUGACACUGGAAUUGUCGGGACGCA